AUGGUCAUGCAGAGGUGGCACCUGGUGUGCGACCGCGCACCGUACGUGGUCAUGACGCACGUCUACUACACGGUCGGUGAAUUGUUGGGCGCCCCGCUGGUGGGACAGCUGGCAGACCGUGCCGGCCGCCGGCCCAUGGUCUUUGGCGCCUUGCUGAUGUCCAUGGCGUCAGUGUUCACAGCAACGGCAGCCGACUCCUUCCCCGCCUUCGUGGUCGCCCACGUGCUCAUCGCCUUGUCGACAUCCACCGCCCACUUCCUGACGUCUAUUCUGCUCUUCGAGAGCUCUUCAUCGGCCUACCGAGCGCUGUACAUCGCUGCAGCCGAGACGGGUGCUCCACUCGUGCACGCCAUCUCGUUGUGCCCAUGGCUGCAGCACAUGGACCUCCGCUUCACGCGCAUCGCGCUCGUGUUCAGCAUGAUCCUGUUGUCACUCGCCUUCCACGCGGUGGCCGAGUCUCCCCGAUGGAUGCUCGCAGUGGGCGAUUACGACGCCCUGACCACCGUGCUGACCAGUAUCGCCCAGGAGAACGAGUUCCAGCUCGGAGACGUCUGGCGUCUUGUCCACUAUGCAGAGGCCGUCAAACCACUGCAGGCAGGCAUGCCGUUCCAACUAUCCGACGUGCUGCUGCUUCCCGAACUGCGCACUCGCACAGUGGCGCUGUCGGUACUCUGGUUCUGGUGCUUCUUCGCGGAGUACUCAAUCCUCCUCGUGCGGCCAAACGCGGCAACCAGGACGUCGCCGCUUGUUGCCAUGCUCCUUCUGCUGGUGCCCGUCUACGCCACGGGCUACCCGCUGGUCGUCAGGUGGCCCCGCCGCACGAGCCUCCACAUGACCCUCAUGGUGGCGUCAACGGUUGGUGUCGCUGCGGGUGCCACGCACUACUACGAAAGCCCGCUUGUCACCGAGGUCAUGGGCUUGCUCUUAGCCAUGGUGCAGCUGUGUUUGCUGGUGGCCAAGUUGCACGCGUACGAGUGCUUCCCGAGUGCUGUCAGGGCCACCGCUGUGCACGUGGUGGUCGCAGCUGGAUGCCUCGGUCAAGGCAUGGCCCAGUUCCUGGUGGACGUCGCGCGUGUCGCGGACGCAACCUCGGCGCUCCUCAUCAUGUCCGUGGGACUGCUGACCUGCGAGCUGGCCAUCCGCUGGCUCCCCGAGACCAAAAAUGUCGAGCUGCCCGAAGUACAGGCAGAGGUUCUGUCCCAGGAAUGCCACCCACACCAGGUUACACCACCGUUCAAAGACGAAGUGCUUCCAGCAAGGAGAACCAGCAGUACACAGGCCAGCUCGAGUCACCAAGCCAGUUCAGCGGGCCGUGGCGGCGCUGGAAGAAAAUGA